AGAUUCACGUGCGUUCGUUCUACUUACUUACUUACUACGAGACGAGGAGGACUAGACUACGACCGGUUGUAGUGUAUAUAUACAUAUAUUUAGGUUAUACCAUAUAUACAAAGAGUCUAGGUAACGCCGAGAUGGCUAAGGCGGCCAUAGGGCAGAUAUGCUCGUCCAACUCGAUGGCGCAUAAUCUCGAGCAGUGCGUUAAACUCGUCGGCCAAGCUGCUGCUGCCGGAGCGAAAGUCCUCUUCCUCCCCGAAGCAUCCGACUACAUCGGCUCCUCCGCCCAAGAAUCCCUCUCCCUCGCCAAACCCCUCGCCACCUCGCCCUUCGUAUCCGGCCUGCGCUCCGCCGCCGCAGAGCACAACCUCGCCGUGCACGUCGGCAUCCACGUGCCCGUAUCCGUAAAGCCGGUUCUCUCCCCUAGUAACCCGGUCUUAUCUUCCGUUCCGGACCCGGACUCUACCACUUCUCCUUCUUCUACUGUUUCUCCUUCUGCCCCUUCGGCAUCACAACAACAACCAAGCACAAACCCCUCCCCCCAAAAAACAAAACUCUACAACCGCACCAUCCUCAUCAACCCCGACGGCACCCUCCACCCCACCGCCUCCUACGACAAACUCCACCUCUUCGACUACCCCGACGCCUCCCUCCGCGAAUCCACCACCACCCAAGCCGGAACCAAACUCACGCCCCCCUUCGACACCCCCCUCGGCCGCAUCGGCAGCCUAAUCUGUUUCGACCUACGCUUCCCGGAGCCCGCCCUGCACCUAACAACUUCCACCACCCCCUCUUCCACCACCUCCACCUCCUCCACUUCCUCCUCCCACAUUUCCAAACCCUUCUUCCCCCCCGCCCAAAUCCUCCUCUACCCCAGCGCCUUCACCGUCCCCACCGGCCGCGCCCACUGGGAAACCCUGCUCCGCGCCCGCGCCAUCGAGACCCAAUCCUGGGUCAUAGCCGCCGCCCAAGUCGGCACGCACAACCCGGCGUUAUCGCCGCGGACGAGCUACGGGCGGAGCAUGGUAGUCGACCCCUGGGGACGGGUGAUGCUUUCGCUGAAGGGGGUGCGGGAGAAGGGAGGAGGAGGAGGGUAUGAGGUUGAGGACGGGGCCGUGGGCGAGCUAGGACUGGUGGAUGUGGAUUUGGGCGUGUGGGAAAAGGUUCGCGAGCAAAUGCCUCUUGUGAGGAGGACGGACGUUUACCCAGAAGUAUAAAGCCGUUAUGGGAAAUACAGAAAACAUUGACAUUGUGGUAUGAAUUACUAACUACGAUAAGUCACAAAUUGCCGCAUAAGAAACAGAUAAACAGAUAA